AAAAAAAAAAAAUGACAGGUGGGGGAGGAGGGGAGGUGAGCGGUGGCUGCUCUGUCUUUUGCUUUUGAGUUACCACCACCUUCAUUUCCUCUGCUUUGAAAACAUUCCUUUUCAACAUUCUUUUCCACUUUUUCAUUUCUGCAAUCCACCACCCCAUCAUUCCUUAAGAACACACUACCAUUCUCCUAAUCUCUCUCUCUCUCUCUCUCUCUCUCUCUCUCUGUGUCAAGACAAAAGCAUACAUUUGCUCCUCAAUUCUGUUCUGAAUCUGAUGAUCAUAUAAAAUCCAAAAAUGGGAACUCCUGUAAACAUCAUAGUUGGAUCACAUGUGUGGACAGAGGAUCCCGAAAUUGCAUGGAUCGAUGGAGAAGUGAUAGAAAUCAAAGGCAAAGAAGCCACCAUAGUCAAAACAAAUGGAGAAAAAAUAGUUGCAGAUAUUUCCAGUAUAUACCCCAAAGACACAGAAGCACCACCAGCUGGGGUCGAUGACAUGACCAAGUUAGCUUACCUCCAUGAGCCGGGAGUCCUUUACAACCUUGCUUCUAGAUUUUCUCUCAAUGAGAUAUAUACUUACACGGGGAAUAUUCUAAUAGCGGUAAAUCCUUUCCGGAGACUGCCACACUUGUACGACGUCCACAUGAUGCAGCAGUACAAAGGAGCUGCUUUUGGAGAGCUAAGUCCACAUCUCUUUGCGGUUGCAGAUACCUGUUACAGGGCAAUGAUAAAUGAAAACGGGAGCCAAUCCAUCUUGGUAAGUGGAGAGAGUGGAGCUGGUAAGACAGAAACAACAAAAAUGCUUAUGAGAUACCUCGCAUUCAUGGGGGGCAGAUCAAAUACUGAAGGAAGAACAGUUGAACAACAAGUUUUGGAGUCCAACCCAGUCUUGGAAGCAUUUGGGAAUGCCAAAACUGUGAAAAACAACAAUUCUAGUCGUUUUGGUAAAUUUGUAGAGAUUCAAUUUGAUAAGAAUGGAAAGAUAUCUGGGGCUGCAGUUCGGACAUAUCUUCUUGAAAGAUCACGUGUUUGCCAAGUCUCUGACCCGGAGAGGAAUUACCACUGUUUCUACAUGCUCUGUGCAGCACCACCAGAGGAUGUUAAGAAAUUCAAAUUAGGAGACCCAAGAAAAUUCCACUAUCUAAACCAAACUAAUUGCUACGAAGUUGCAAAUGUGGAUGAUGCAAGGGAGUAUCUGGAAACCAGAAACGCCAUGGAUGUUGUAGGGAUCAGCCAGGAUGAGCAGGAUGCUAUAUUCCGUGUGGUAGCUGCAAUACUCCAUCUUGGAAACAUAGAAUUCAUCAAAGGGAAGGAUAUUGAUUCUUCCAAACUGAAAGAUGACAAAGCAGUCUACCAUCUCCAAACUGCUGCAGAACUACUCAUGUGCAAUGAAAAGGCUCUCGAAGACUCACUUUGCAAGCGUAUGAUAGUAACACCUGAUGGAAACAUUACGAAACUACUAGACGUAGCUGCGGCUACCUUGAGUCGUGAUGCCCUGGCAAAGACAAUAUACUCCAGGCUUUUUGAUUGGAUUGUGGACAAGAUAAACAAUUCAAUUGGCCAAGACCCCAACGCAAUCAGUAUAAUUGGGGUUCUUGAUAUUUAUGGAUUUGAGAGUUUCAAGAUUAACAGUUUUGAGCAGCUAUGUAUCAAUCUAACAAAUGAGAAGUUGCAACAGCAUUUUAAUCAGCAUGUAUUCAAGAUGGAACAAGAAGAGUACACACGGGAGGAAAUUGACUGGAGUUACGUAGAAUUUGUAGAUAAUCAAGAUGUUUUGGAUCUCAUUGAGAAGAAACCUGGGGGUAUAAUUGCUCUUCUUGAUGAAGCAUGCAUGUUUCCCAAGGCAACCCAUGAGACGUUUGCACAAAAGAUGUAUCAGACAUAUAAAGCACAUAAACGCUUCAGCAAGCCAAAACUUGCUCGAACAGACUUCACAAUCAACCAUUAUGCUGGAGAUGUUACUUACCUGGCUGAUCAAUUCCUAGACAAAAAUAAGGAUUAUGUUGUAGCAGAACAUCAAGCUCUAUUGGAUGCCUCCAGGUGCACUUUCGUUGCACAUCUCUUCCCUCCACAACCUGAAGAAACAUCCAAGCAAUCCAAGUUCUCAUCCAUUGGAACCCGCUUCAAGCAACAACUACAAGCUUUGAUGGAAACCUUGAACACAACAGAGCCACAUUACAUCAGAUGUGUAAAGCCAAAUGCAGUUUUAAAGCCCGGUAUCUUCGAAAACUUCAAUGUCUUGAAUCAGUUAAGAUGUGGGGGUGUAUUAGAGGCAAUUAGGAUAAGCUGUGCUGGAUAUCCAACAAAAAGGACAUUUGAUGAGUUCCUUGAUCGUUUUGGAAUGUUAGCUCCAGAUGUUCUGGAUGGGUCUGAUGAGAAAUCAGCAUGUGUUACCAUCUGUGAUAGGAUGGGCUUGAAGGGCUAUCAGAUUGGUAAAACAAAAGUGUUCCUUAGAGCUGGACAGAUGGCUGAAUUAGAUGCUCGGAGAACUGAAAUUCUGGCUAAUGCUGCAAGGCGUGUCCAAAGACAAAUCCGAACUCAUCUUACCCGAAGAGAGUUCAUCACUCUUCGAUUUGCUACAAUUCACAUGCAGAAACUCUGGAGAGCACAACUUGCACGUAAACUGUAUGAACAUAUGAGAAAAGAAGCUGCUUCAAUCCGUAUACAGAAACAUGCACGUGCUCAUGCGGCAAGAAAAUCUUACACAAACUUACAGGCAUCUGCAAUAGAUAUUCAAACUGGGCUGCGAGUAAUGGCAGCCCGGAAUGAAUAUAGACGCAGAAGAAGAAACAAGGCCGCAACAAUAGUUCAGACUCAAUGGCGAAGAUUCCAUGCUCUUACUGCUUAUAAUCAGCAGAAGAAAUCAACUCUUACACUUCAAUGUCUCUGGAGAGCAAAGGUAGCAAGGAAGGAGCUUAAAAAGCUGAGGAUGGCUGCACGAGAAACCGGAGCACUUAAAGAAGCAAAGGACAAGUUGGAGAAGCGUGUUGAAGAACUAGCAUGGCGACUAGAUUUCGAAAAGCAUUUAAGGAUUGAUCUUGAAGAAGCAAAAGGACAAGAAAUUGCAAAACUACAAAAUGCUUUACAUGAAAUGCAAGCACAACUCGAUGACGCCCAUGCUGCAAUCAUUCACGAAAAAGAAGCAGCAAAAAUAGCUAUUGAACAAGCUCCACCAGUCAUCAAAGAGGUACCAGUCGUGGAUAACACCAAGCUGGAGUUAUUGACAAAUCACAACGAGGAACUGGAGGGUGAGAUAAGUGAGCUGAAGAAGAGGGUAGAAGAAUUUGAGCAGAAGUACACUGAAGUUCAAAAUGAGAGCACAGCAAGACUUAAAGAGGUAGAAGAGUCACAGCAGAGAGCAUUGCAACUUCAAGAAACAAUUGAAAGAUUAGAACUGAACUUGUCCAACCUCGAAUCUGAAAACCAGGUUCUACGCCAGCAGGCUUUGGUUGCAUCAACAAAUGAGGACCUCUCAGAAGAAAUGGAAGUCCUCAAGAACAAGAUGAGAGAUUUGGAGUCAGAAAAUGAGAUUCUCCGCAACCAAAAAGCAGUCAUGGAGCAAAUAGCUAGUCCUGAACGGGUACUGCCACAGGUAAAGCAUUUUGAUAAUGGACAUCAACCAGAAGAAAAUCACCAAACAACAAAAGUAGAGGAUCAAGCGACCAAAGAGUCAGGGACUCUUGUAUCGUUCCUAACUAAACAAAGAUCCCUAACAGACAGGCAGCAGGAAAAUCAGGAUGUACUAAUCAAGUGUCUCAUGGAAGAUAAACGGUUCGACCAGAAUAGACCUGUUGCUGCCUGUAUUGUGUAUAAAUCACUUCUUCAGUGGAGAUCCUUUGAAGCAGACAAGACAAAUAUAUUUGAUAGGAUUAUUCACACCAUACGAUCAUCCAUAGAGAACCAGGAAAACAUCAAAGAUCUAGCGUAUUGGCUAUCAACAACUUCAACCCUUUUGUUUCUUCUACAAAAUACGAUCAAGGCAAGUAAUGCACCCAACGCGGCUUCGCAUCGUAACAGAACUUCACCCACCAGCUUGUUUGGUAGAAUGGCUCAGGGUUUUCGUUCAUCUUCAAAUAGCAUGGGAAUUUCCAGUGGGUACAGUGGAAUGGAGGGAAAGCCAAAUACACAAUCAAAAAUAGAAGCUAAGUACCCAGCUCUACUGUUUAAGCAACAUCUGACUGCUUGUGUUGAGAAAAUAUAUGGGAUGAUCCGUGAUAGCUUAAAGAAAGAGAUUAGUCCAUUCUUGAGCUUGUGCAUACAGGCACCAAGAUCUGCAAGGGCCAGAUCAAUAAGAGGGUCAUCUAAAAAUAUCCAUUCGAAUAUGGUUGCAAAACAACAGGCAUCAAGCAUACACUGGCAAAGUAUUGUCAGUAACUUGGACCAUAUCUUGGGCAUACUGUCUGAAAACUAUGUCCCUCCAAUGAUCAUAAGAAAAAUCUUCAGUCAGGUAUUCUCAUUCAUAAAUGUCCAGCUUUUUAAUAGUUUGUUGCUUCGUCGUGAAUGCUGCUCAUUUAGCAAUGGAGAAUAUGUAAAGGCUGGUUUGCAAGAACUGGAACAGUGGUGUAGUAAAGCAACAGAUCAGUUUGCCGGAUCAUCGUGGGAUGAACUCCAACAUAUAAGGCAAGCCGUAGGAUUUCUGGUUUUACAUCAAAAGACUCAUAAAUCAUUGGAUGAGAUCACUAGUGAACUCUGCCCGAUGUUAAGCAUUCCACAAAUAUACCGCAUUGGAACCAUGUUUUGGGAUGACAAAUAUGGAACCCAAGGAUUAUCUCCAGAAGUAAUUGGCAAAAUGAGGGCACUAAUGGCAGAAGAUUCGAUUAGCAUGCCAAAUAACACUUUCUUGCUCGACGUGGAUUCAAGCAUACCUUUCACCAUGGAAGAGAUUUCAAGAUCCUUCUUGGAUAUCAACCUAUCUGAUGUGGAUCCGCCACCCCUUCUCCGCCAGAGAUCCGAUUUCCAUUUCCUAUUGCAGCAAACAAAUUGAGAAUUUGAGUUUUCCUUCUUUUUAAAAAAAAAAUUCACAUAGAGAAGAAAAGAAAAAAAAUCUUAUCAUUAUUAAUUGAUUGAUUACCCAUUUUGCGUUUUGGGUGAGAGAGUGAGUGUUCAAAAUGUAAAGUUUUAUUCUUUUUUGACUUUUCAGUUCACACACAUGAAGAAUUCAGUUCAUGGUCAUACCAAUUUUUUCAUUCAAAAAAUAGUGCUUUUGGGAUUGGGCUGUUGGAGUGAUUGUUGUAGAGAGAACAAAAUUAUUAUAUUUUCAUAGAAGAGAGAAGAAAGUUUUUGUUCAUGAA